AUGGGAACUACUGCAAUUCUGAUAGCCGCCGAAAACCACUGUGGGGCUGCUCUAAAGCGAUUUGUUCUUUUGGGAAGUGCUGUAUCCGUACUGAACUCAUUCGAAGACAUUUCUAAGCCAGGAAAGCCUUACACGGAGAAAGACUGGAAUCCUGUCACAGCUGAGCAAGCUAUUGAACGAAAGAACAAUGUUCUUGGAUACAACGUAUCUAAGAUCCGGGGCGAGAGGGCUGCGUGGAACUUUAUGAAGGAGAAAUCUCCUUCCUUCGAUCUGACAGUGAUAAACCCCGAUAUUAUCACCGGUCCAAUGACACACCCCAUCUCAGGUCCGCAUUCUAUCAACGAGACUAAUCAAUUUGCCAUUGCAAGCUUCAUUGAUGGGACUUACAAGGAGAUUGAAGGAGUGACAUUCCCUUUCUACCAUUUUGUGGACGUCCGUGAUGUAGCCCGGAGCCAUGUCGAUGCGCUGGAGAACUCAGCAGCUGCAAACCAGCGCAUUCUUCUCAUCUCCGGAAUAAUCACACCACAGCUGGUGGUUAACUACAUCCGCAAAAAUUUCCCUGAGCUUAGGAGCCGUGUCCCUGAAGGUAACCCGGCCCAGAUAUUGCCUCCUGGGGUACAUCCCACGGAUUGGGAUACGCGUGUUAGCCUGGAUAUUCUUGCUAAAGGUACUAAGGAUGGCAAAUGGGAGUAUGUUGAUCUAGAGACAAGCGUUACUGAUACUGUUAAGACGAUGAUCAAUAAUCGCGUUAUCUAG